AGAGCCAUCAUUGAUGGUCCCUUUGCCUAUUCAGUUUCAAAAUCCCAAAGCCCAGUCGCCCAGUCGGCAAACCAACGGUGGUUUGGGAGCUAACCUCGGCCGUCGCAUACUCCGUUCCGGCAAAAAAUGGCGGACUUGAUAAUGGAGGAAAGAGAAGAGCUGAUGGUGUCACACGCAGGUGGAAAACCAGCCCUCAGGACUGCCCAUUUUCUCAAACCUUCGACCAACAGCCGGGUCUUCUCCCUUCCGCAGCAAACCGCAGCGGCCGGCGUCAGGGAACCUCCCCCCAAGUUUAGGUUCCACGGGUGGAGCAACAAGCCACUCAAGGAUUGGGAGAAAUGGGUCGAGUCCAUGUGCGCCCUGCACCAACCCGUUUGGAAGAAGGCCGGGAUCCAUGAAGCGAUUAUGAAUUCCACAUCCAGAAUUCACCGGAGCGAUGAGCUUAUCGUCGCUCUCGCCAGAAAUUGGAACCCAGAAACGAACACAUUCUGUUUUCCAUGGGGAGAAGCCACUCUCACGCUGGAGGAUAUGAUCGUCCUUGGGGGUUUCUCUGUGUUGGGCGGGUGUGUGGACCCAGAUUUCAGCCCUGUGAAAGACAGAAAAUUGGAAGACACGAAGCAGAAGCUACUCAAAGCCCGAAUCGAGUUAAACAAAUCUGCAGCAAAGAAAGUCACUCAAACUAACUGGAUCUGUAAGUUCAUGAACAACAGUGAGUAUUGUGAAAUAGAGCACGAAGCCUUUCUUGUGCUAUGGUUGGAGAGGUAUGUUUUCCCCUACUCCCCACGUGACACCAUAGGCACAAAGCUUCUGGACAUGGCCAUACGUUUAGGCAGAGGAGAGAGAAUGGCUCUUGCACCCGCAGUCUUGGCCAUCAUUUACAAGAACUUGACUUUCAUGAAAAAUGCUUUGCUUGCUCUUGACAGGACAAAAAAAUCUGCAAUUUCAGCCCCAUUUUGGCUGGUGCAAGUUUGGGUUUGGGAGAGAUUCCCCGCUUUAAACCCAAACCAUGGCAUUAGUGCUGGACAUGAGAGGUCGAGGUUUGCCAGAUGGGAUGAUGUGAAAAUGAGUGUGAAAAAGAAUUUGGAGUUCGUUAGAGAAGAUUUUAUCUGGCGGCCCUACAUGUUUUGGGCCAGAAACUCACUUCUUUAUAAGGAAGAUGAAGAAGAAGAAAGGUGGAUAUUGGUGGGCAGUGGUGAUGAAGAGGUUCAUGAGUUUGUUAGAUGUUUGAGAGUAAGUGAGCUGGUUGGGUUAGAGGGAUGUAUAGAGCAAUACCUGCCACACCGCGUGGCAAUGCAAUUCGGAAUGGAUCAGGAUGUUCCUGCAUUCGUGGCGCGAGCCAACGAAUCGCCUGGGGUUGCAUGGGACUGCUACACAAGGCCUGUCUUGGACAUGAAAUUGUGGGUCCCAUCGCGACGUUCAUUCCAGAGCGGUGUUACCACUCAUUACUUACGUUCAUGGGGGCUUAAGGAAUCGAUGGGCACCAAAAAGGUUGGCAGCGGUGUGAAGCGGAAAAAGGAAGGGUGCCAGCGUUCGAGACCGGAAUCUGAUGAGAACGCUCCUCCUCCCACUUCUCUUGAUGAUGAAGACCAUGAUGAUGAAAUCUCGCUGGCUGAACUUCUCAUGAAGAGGGAAAAGUUGAAAGAGAAGGCUAAACAUCAUACUCCUGGAAAAACUGGUGUUCAUGGAGAGAAGCAGCCUGAAAUACUGGGAUUAUGCACGCGGUAUAGAUGCAAUGAGAGCAGUGGGAGAGAAAGAAGUGAAGAGCAUGUGGAGAUGCCAAUGGUUGAAGAAAGGGGAUUACUUGAAGCUAAGAGUGUAUGUAUCAGUUUCAAGAAAGACAAAGGCAGAGGAGGAGGAUGUACUAGUACUCCUGCUGCUGCUGCUUCUGUUAGAAUAGCCGGUGAAGGUGGUGUUCCGUCCCCGCAGAGUCCUCCUUGGAGAACACUGGAAGCCAAAAUUAUGAAUCUUGAGAAGUUGGUUGCUUUGAUGAAACGGAAAAACUGACCAUGCUGUCCAAGUCUAGCUACGAAGUUGUUACUAUAUACUUUUGUCCUAGUCCAGUUGUAGCAUAGUUUUGUUGUAUUUAUAUAUCAUAUUGCACCUCUAGCCCGUUUCAAAGAAGGCUUUAGUUUUGACUUAUUAGUUUUGUCACCUUUGGUUUGAUCAAACCAAACCGUGAUGGGGUUUGUAACUGUAAUAACUAACUUGGAGGAAGAGAAAGUUUAUUAAUUAGGAAAUUUCUACCGUACCUUUCUUAAUUUAAGAGGCACCGGUACCCAGCUUU